UUGAGCCGCUUAAAACUUCAGAAACAGACGGAGCAACUGUGAUAAACAGGGACAAACCAAUUCACAGAUUUAUAACUGGAAAACAUCAUUUAUACAAUUUUCUGGACAUUUCGAAGAUUGUGGACAGUUCUGUUUUUUUCAGAAGACGAGAGACAUGGAAACAGAGACACUGACAUUCUUGUACCUGCGACCAAGAGAGUACAAUGACAAGCUGGUGAUCCAAGCUGGAAAUUGGACCAAAAACAACCUACCCCCUCACCCCAACAGAUUAUAGUCCCAGAUGGAACAGGUCGGAUUUAUAAAGCGUUGAGAGCGAGUGAGGUUGGCAGUCUCAGUCUCAGUCUCUCUCUGCUUCUCUCACAGGACAACAGGCACCAGGCUCGGUCGCCCAUGCCAUCGCAGCUGUACCAAGCACUUUCAGGGCAGCCGAUGUUCAUCGACCCUGGAAACAGAGUCUGAUCCUGGCCAGAGAGGUCCAGCCCUCACACUGUACGCUGAAACAAACAUGCUAUAGCCGCCAAUCAAAAUGAUGGCUUCAGUGAUCACUGGGGUCAAUCGGAAGAAGUCCCUUACACUGAGAGGGGUGGAUCCCGAGACCUGUAUGAUCGUUUUCAAGAACCACUGGGCACAGGUGGUGAACAUCCUGCAAAAACAUGAACCGGGUCAGAGUUGCACCAGUGCAUUGAGCUUCCUCUCUGGCAAUGCUAACAGUGGUAGUGGCGGCUGUGGAGGUAUGCGUUUUGGUGCCAUCCCCGCUGAUGAAGCCAGUGCUGUCCAGAACUACGUGGAACACAUGUUGUUCCUGCUGAUGGAGGAAGAGGCGGGGCAAGGAGGAGCGAUGGGUCCAAUCCUGGAGUUUGUGAUUCUGGAGAGUGUGAUGGAGCGGCUGUUUCUCUGGAGCCUGAGGAGACAGUUUACUGAGGACAUGAAGCUGGAGCAGCUCAGGAUGUACCAGAUGCUGAUAUCCCAGGCCAGACAGCCGCUGCUGCACCAUAAACCUGUUCUACGGCCGCUCAUGAUGUUGCUGGCAUCCUGCACCGGCACUGACAGCGACGGUGUGGUGGAGGCGGAGCUUGUCUUCCUGCUGAAUCAGCUGUGUGUAGUUCUGGUCAAAGAUCCGUCAGUGCUGGAACUGUUUUUCCACACCAGUGAGGACCAGGGAGCCGCCAACUUCCUGCUAUUCUCCCUGCUCAUCCCAUAUACUCACAGACAGGGUUCGGUGGGUCGGCUGGCCAGAGAUGCUCUGCUGCUCAUCAUGUCGUUGUCAGCCUCUGAACCUCGAGUUGCCCAUCACAUAGCCGAGAACACGUACUUCUGUCCUGUGUUGGCCACUGGUUUAUCUGGUCUGUACUCAUCUUUACCAGCCAGGUUGCAGGUUUACAGUGAAGACUGGCACUGCCUCGACCAGGCUGACUGGCAGCAGGUUCCUGCACUCGUUCACUUUCUGCACUCGCUGGACUUCUGCAGCGCUGUUACUAAGGUAGCUCAUCCCUCCAUCAGGUCUCAGCUACUUGGCUACAUCUAUAACGGGUUCUUGGUGCCCGUCAUGGCUCCCGCUCUGCACAAGGUGACGGUGGAGGAGGUUAUGACCACAACAGCCUACCUGGAUCUGUUCCUUCGUUCCGUGUCUGAGCCUGCCCUCCUCCAGACCUUCCUGUCGUUCAUUCUGCUGCACACACACGACAAUGUGCAUAUCCUGGACGCUCUCGUUAGCCGGGUCAACACGCCAUUCCAGCUGGGAACUGUGUCGCUCGCUCUGUUCAGAACUCUGAUUGGCCUCUUCUGUGAAGACGUCAUGCUUCAGCUUGUGCUCAGGUAUCUGAUUCCCUGCAGCCACCUGAGCAAAAAGCAGCGCUCCUCCCUAAAAAAGAGAGACUGCUACUCUUCGAGCGCUGAGGCCUUCCUGCUCCUCCUGCCCGCCUGGUAUCCUGUGCACCUCCCGAAUAACUCCUUACACUCCAACUCUGAACACAUCCACUGGCCCAAGCGAACAGAUAGCAUUGGUUACUGUCGUGGUUCAGACUUUCUGAUGGAUGUGAACUACCUGCACUACCUGUGGGACGCCCGACAAGCCAUCGCCACUUCUCGCAGGUGUUGUCAGCAUUGGUCAGCUUUGUAUGAUGGAACCGAUCCACUGCUUCAAGAAUAUCGAACUGAUACUCCAGGAGGCGAUGAAGACGUAGAUGACGACAGCAUGCACCAAAUUAAGAGUGACUCUAUUUAUUCUUUGGUCACCACUCCAACCCCCUCAUCUUCAGAUACCUUCUCUACUGGUAACCAGGCGGCAAGAUCUGGCUCCGCCCUCGAACUCGAGUGGGAUGAUAUUUUUGCAGAUGACAACCCCUGUUUAUCCGAGGAGAUAAACACAGUGCCAACAAAUGGGAAUAUGACGGUCAGUGUCAAUGGGUGUCCGAGAAACUCUUCUCCUGCUCCUCCGCCAAUACCACCUCAACACAUCCAGGAAAUGCGACGUACUGCGACCAAGCUGGUGCAGGGUUCAUACGUAGAGGAUUGUGAUUUUCAGGAUGAUGCUCUGGCCUAUGAUCUUGUUGCCCAGAAAGAAACAAAGGGGGCUACAACGGAUGAAAUCACAGACACAAAUUGGCGGGUGAAUAGAAACAUCUCCAAUGGGCACCACGUGUCAACGACAGUGACUAAAACGCUAGCAACAAUGUUAACAACAACAGGUAGAACGGUGUUGCAAACGGUUAACAGCAUUAUGUCAACAAGGAGGAGGAGUGAGGAUGGAGGCAAAGAGGAAAGGAGAUGGACUGAGGAUUAUGGAAACAAGGAGAGGAGAAGGAGCGAGGAUUGUGGAAAGCAGACGGGAAGAAGGAGGAACAAUACAGAAAACGAUAAAAAUAGCAUAGAGAGUAGUCAUAUUCCCAACAAUGGUUGUUUUGCCAAAAAUCGCAUCAACGAAUGUGUUUAUGCAGAAGAAGAUGACAAGCAAAAUGACGAUCUCAGUGACUUUACACCAUAUAACCAUCCAACACACACAUCACAUCAGCCACACACAGAGAACAACUCACAACACCGAGCGCCAUGUUUAGUGACAAACACGUUACUCAAUGGGCACUCGGAAUGUGAGUCACAUAACCUCCCCGCAUGUGCGACCGAUGCCGAGUCUCAGCUUGAUAACAAUGUAACAAAGUCCAAUGGGUUCUUAUCCCAGUACCAUGAACUCAUGGCCGCCUUGGGGGUGGAGUCAAACUGUGAUGACACUGAAGAUAUGAGCGCAUUCAAGAGGAGAGUCCAAGUGCUCUGGCAGAGGCUGGAAGACGAGGAGGAGGGGCUAAUAGAAGACGCUGUUUUUAGCUACACUUGGGAGGAUGAGGAGAAGGAAUCAGAAGAGGAGGUGAUGGAAGAAAGAAAGGAGGAAAAUGAAGAAGAGGAGAGGAGGAGCAUCAAGAUGCAUGGAGUUCCGUUUACAGGUCCAUUCAUCAGUGUGCUGUUGUCAAGGCUGGAGAAUCUUCUGGAAAACUCCAUCGCUGUGAACCUCUUGGUAACGGGCAUCCUCGCGCAGUUGGCAUCGUACCCACAGCCUCUACUGAAAUCCUUCCUCCUCAGUACUCAGACACGUGACCGAUCCUACAUGCGCACCCUGUACCAGGUACUGGUGUCUGUGCACAAUCAGAUAGAGCGUUACCUCUCAGACAAACCAGAUUACCCAGCACUGGUCACUGAGGCUUGGAGGUUCCUGCUAGUGAAAGACCAAGACAGCAAGAUCAGUGAGUAUCUUCAGUCUCAGAAUGGUGACAUGAUGGGCAUGCCUUUUCCUAAUGGAUCUGUGAGAGGUGUUGCACCUCCACCACCUCCUGGCGUCCUGCCCCCUUGCCCGCACAUUCCUGCUCAAGCAAAGAGCAGAGUAUUUGCCAUCAUCCUGUACGCGGAGUUCCUCAAAGAGGUGGCUGCCAUUGCUCAGGAGCACAGUGUUGACCCAGACAACAUGAUGGAGGUCUAGGAGGUGCAUCAUGUCUCUAUGCUGUCAAUGUGUAAGGCAGUAAGGAGGAGGUAUCAAAUGCUUCGAAGUUACUGGCUACGAAACACCAAAUGCUUUAAAAUACAAAUUACAAAACAUGCCAAAUAUUUUGCUGAAUAAAGAGCCAUACAAUAUUUUUAUUUGUAUGCAUCUUCCUGGCAGCACUUGAAUGUGGUGAUUUUUUUUUUCCCGUGAAUAUGUGAAUGAAAAUUCUGUGAAAGUAAAUAUUUUUUAAAUAAAGCAUUAUGAUUUAAUGUCAUACACACGGACAUUAGAUAAAUUUGUGGAAUUGGUACUAAGAUUUUUCUACUUUCAUGUGAAAUGUUUGCAUUCUUGUUAAAGUUAACAAAUAAGACAAUUUGUAAAUGCAUAAAAGCAUUUUGAGUCCAUUUGACAUCAACUUCUGCCACACAUAAAACUAGCAAAAAUAGUAUAAAUACAUAGUAGGAAGGUCAGUUUAACACUAAUGUUACAUUAUAGUGACAUUACAAGCUAGUUAACAAUUAUUGAUAAAAUAUUCACAACUGUGAAAACUAUGGCCUUCAGCAAAUUGGCUAAUUAGCAGCAGUUAGCUAGUGUUACUUGUUCAUAAAUUUCUAGUUUAACUGUUAGAGCUAGUGAAGAGUGAUUCAGCAGUUUGCUUUGUGAAACACAUUAGUUCAUAUUCAAAAGAAAAAUGUAAAGCAUUAAACAGCAGGUACAUGAGGUAGCAUUAGCCUUCUAGCUCAUAGAUAAUUGCUAGCGCUAGAGAGGAGUGAUGUAGCAGUUUGCACUGUGAAACUCAAUAGUGCACAUCCAAAAGGAAAAAAUUACCUUUCCCCCGCAGGAAAUCUAUUUUUCCCGACUGUGUAACAUUAAAUUUUCAUAAUUUUCUCUCACUAACACAGGUCUACUCUCGCCCACACUUUUAUUUUGAAAUUUAGCCUUUGUUUUCCUUCUAAAUGUCAAAAUUUGUCACCUCUUUUUGCUGUAAACUGUCUCACUUUGUCAUAAAUAUUGCGUUUAUACUGUUUUCGUUGUAUUUGUCUUUAUACGUAUUGUGCCUUACUUCAGCUGACAAUAUUUUAAUGCGCUACACCAAAAUAUGUAUCUGCUUUAUGCAAAUCUUCAUUUGUCUUAUUUAAAAUGUUCUCAAAGUGCAUGAAAUUCAUUGUCGUUAAUCUCAUUAUAUGAAGUUUGUUGACAUUUGUGUUGUAUUACAUAUUUAAUGAGUAUAUUUAAUGGUCACCUUCAACUGAAGUUUGAGAUAUAACAUAUUGUGGCUGAUAACUGAUGAUCACAUUUCCAAAAAUCAUUAAAUUGUGUUUUACAUUCCUACUACUUUGAUGAAUUGAUUUAAUAAAUAUGAACAAUGUGCU